CGUCUAUGUGAAUGGGACAGGAGAGAGUUAUCUCACAUGAUAGUGAUUAAAGAGAAGCUGUCUCCGGUGGUCUUGGGUUUCUUUAAACCUGCUGCACUCAUUUUGUGAACUUCAGAGCAGCAUCCCAUGCAACAGGAAUUCUGUACCACUUGGGACAUUCCGAUUGAAACAGGUGCGAUGACGAAAAUAUCUGCUUUUCUGAGGGGCUCUGCUCACAAAUGCACGCUGGUCUUGACUUUUUCCUUCAUGGUUUGUGAGAUUGUGGUCGGCCAAAUCUGCGGGUCCCUCCUCAUUGCGGUGGACAGCUUCCACACGCUCUAUGUUUUUAUAAAUAUGGUUCUAUGUGCGUCAAAGCAUCAUCCUACAAACUUAAUCGCUAACCCCCACCUUUCCUCCACCUGUUUGUCAGAACCACAUAAAUCCCAUUUGCCCAUCUCCACUACAACCCUUGGCUCAUCUGAGCCAGCAUCAGGGCCACUUGGAAAACCCAGGACUCUCCCUCAUGGGGAACCAUACAGCCGGAUGCGUCUUAAACCUUUUGGUAUUCUGGUCUCAGCUCUGCUGUUGGCAUCGCAGUGCAUCUCUGUUAGUUUGGAGAUUCUCACCCGCCUUGUGCAGCCAGAAUCCAUUCAGCAUCCACUCUUGUCCAUUGUGGUUGGGGCAACUAGUCUGUUAUUUAAUACACUAAUGUUGACCUGGAGAUGGAGAAGGAGAGAGAUGAAUGAAGCUGAUGAUGAGAGGAUACAACCAGACCUUCAUUCAACAUCAGAAAGCACAGAGACCGCUCUCCAGAAUGAUGCACUGAUGUUCUGCAAUCCUGAAGCACCCAGCGUUCUAGAUCCAGAUCAAAGCUCUCAUGACUGCUCUUCUACAUGCUCUGAAUUACAAAACCACAACAUUACCAAACCCCUUCCUGAGCUCGGUCAUGCUCAGAUCUCCAAAUCCAAUAUGUGUGAAAGUUCCCAGGAAGUUCUUCAGCCAACCGAACAACUUUCAGAGGAGCAUUCCUGCAUGCCUCCACAUGAACAGGGAGCUCACCAUACAUCCCAGCAUACUCCUGCAGGAUCCAGGUUCAGAAGACACCUCAUCAAUGUGAUCCAGAACCUUCUGGGUCCAGCCCUCAUUUUGGUUAAUGGUCUAGUUCUCCUGCUCAUCAAACCACACUGCCAUCGUCCUCAUUCAGACUGUCAUCCUCUGGUCUAUUUUGACACAAGCUUUUCCAUACUGGUUGUGCUUGUUUUGUUAGCUACUGCCCUUCCCAAGCUCCAUCGCUAUGGGCUGCUGGUGCUACAGGCAACCCCGCUGCACGUUUGCAUUAAUGAAGUGAGAGAUUCCCUUGCUGGUGUGCCAGGUGUACUGUCGGUACACGAGUUGCAUGUGUGGCAGCUUUCGGACACGUUUGUGGUGGCAUCUGUGCAUGUCCACUGCCCCAAAUGGCUGAAUGAAGCAGGGUGUUCAGAUCUUAUGCUCAAGAUCACAAGGGUGCUGAGCACUUUCGGUAUAAACCAUUGCACCGUGCAGCCUGAAUUUCUACUUUCAGACAUGAGUGAUGAUGAUGUAGUGAAUAGUGAUGAGGCUGGACCAAUAGUUGACUCAGGCUGCAGUUUGCGCUGUGGGCAGGAGUGUGCAGAGAAGCUUUGCUGCUCAUCUCGGGUAGAGAAAUCAUGCCAACACGACAGUGUCACCUCCUUCAAGAAGGACCUGAGGGUUGUCUGUCCACAGGAAGAGAGUUUCUGCUCUCCAGCUCCCUCUAGUGUUAGCAAUACUGGAGAUGAUGUGAUUAUUGAGAACACAUACCUGUGA